AGGUCAUCACAAACAUUUACUGUUUGCUGACGGCUUUCUAGUUUCGUUGUUAUGGUCGUUGUUAUGUUGUAAAAUUUUAGUCUUGAAAAAACCGGCAAUUUAUUUGCCAACGGAAAUUAAUUUAUGUGGAUUUAUUUAUCGAUAUCAUCUUCUUCCAUAUGUAUAAAUUUCAUAACUUAUUUUUAAAUAGUAAUGGAUGAGAAUUUUUAAAUAAUGAUUAUAAAAAUAGCUUGACAAAAAUUGCUCGUUUUCAACAAUCAUAUCUUAAAUUAUUAAGAUGUCUGUAAAAAGUAAAGAUGCUUGGGUUCGAAUAAUUGAUGUUUCCGAUUCAGUAUUACACUCUAAAGGAUACACAUUAUAUAAAGUAACAUCCAAAGUAUUUCCUAAAAACUCGGUUGAAGCAGUGACUGAAGUAGUUGUAUGGAAGCGCUAUAAUGAUUUUAAAAAGCUUCACAAAGCUUUGAGCACCAUACAUCAAAAUUUACAUUUAAAAGGCACAUUUCCUCCACUUUCAAAAACACGCUUUUUUGGAAGGUUUGAACCAAAAGUUAUUGAAGAAAGAAGACAAAGUGCGUUAAAUCUUCUUCAAUUUGCUGCUAACUCAUUUCCUCUGUUUACUAGUCAGAUAUUUGUUAAGUUUUUUGAGGAAGGACACGUACCUGAUAAUUAUCAGCAAUCUGUACAGAUACAAGAAUCAUCUGUAAAUAAUAUUUUACAGUCUCAGACUUAUUUACAGCAAUCUUCAAAUGAGAGUAAAACAAGUAAAGACAGUUCUUGUGAACAAGAUGAUUUAUUAAGAGACACGAGUACUAGCCUAGGAGGAAUCUGGCAACAUCACCAGGUAUCUGAUACCAUUAGUCUCAGUUCCCAAUGCACUGACGAUGAUGACCGGACAACUUUCACGGAUGACGAUAGCAUAUUAUCACGACCUUCUCUUAGCAUAGCUGAAUUUGAUCCUUUAAUGCAAACUGAUAGUGCCAUUUCAGAACUUGAUAAAUCUGUAUCAAAUAAUAUUAAUUUAUGUAAUAGCUGGUUGUUGUCAGCUUUGGAGACCUGUAAUGAAGCUACAGCUGAUAAAGAUCAUGAAGUUAUACCAGAAUAUCCCACUCCAUUUGGAGAAUUUGAUUUCUUGGAAACAACAACUACAGCUUCUAAUAAAAGUUUAAGCCAUAAAGAUUUAAAAACAGAUUCAAAUAAAAAUUUCUUUACAUUUGAAUUACCUACACCUAAAGUUGAAGAAAAUGAGUCAGUUAUUUCUGAAUUCGACCCAUUAUCAGAUGAAAAAAAAGAUUCACAAAAUAAUGAAGAAGUUUAUGUUUGUGACGAAUUUGCAAUGACACCAGAUGCUUAUCAAACUGAAACUACAAAAAGGCCUUCAUAUAUUGUACUUGCUGCCAAAUAUGUAGAAUCUGCUCAAGUAGCUGAAGAAUCUCAAAAAUAUAUGGAUGCAUUUGACUCAUAUAAGAAAGCUAUCGAAAUUCUUCUUCAAGGAAUUCAAAAGGAUAAGUGUUCUGAUCUGAAAGAUGCAGUUCGAAAGAAAGUUCUGUUGUAUCUUAUGCGUGCAGAGGAAUUGUAUGAAAAUAAGCUUCCCAAAAAUGAAAUUCAAAAAUCUAAAGUUAAUUCAUCUCAUUCUGCACAGUCUUUGAGCAAAAUAGGAAGUAUUCUUGAUAACAUUGACCAAUUGAAUAAAUACAAAGUAAUUGGGAUUCUUGAAAAAACCGUACUUGUCUUGGAUACUACAUGCAAUGAAACAUUUGUUGCUAAGACUCUGUACAAGACUUCAAGUGAUGGUACAAAUUACAGAUAUCCUAUUGCACCAAAGAAUGUACCAUUCAUGGUCAAACUUCAUCACAUCUAUGAAAGUAGCUAUGCAAUAUUUCUCAUUCUGGAACAUGCCACUGGUGGGCGAUUAUGGAAUUAUGUGUGUUCUUUCUUUCAACGUAAACCUUUAUCACCUGUUGAAGAUGGCACUUGCAUACAAGGAGAAUCUAAAAGCAAGGCAGAUUUUUGCAAUGUAUAUUCAGGCAAGAAAGUGUCUGAGAAUCAAGAUCCACUUUCAUCUGAUACUGUGACACCUGUUGAUUCAGAUCUUAUUCCAUCUGAGCAGUGUCCUUCUAGUUACAUAGCCUUGUUCAAAAAAUAUGCUGAUUCUGUUAAUCAGGAGGACAAUGUAUCAUUUGCUAAAUAUCAUAAAACUUCUCUCCAAGAGAAAAAGAAAAGAACAGUUUCAGUUGAAGAUACAUCUUUCCAGCAAAGUGCACUUCAUAGUAAAAAUAUUAGAAACAGAUUAUCAUCUUCAACCGGCAGUCUUGAGAUAGGUUUUUCACAAAAAGCAUGUUUGUUGGAUGCUUUCAAAGCUAUGGAUGAUGCUAUCUCACAAGCAUCCCCAAAAUCAUCACUAUUACCUGAAUCCUGUGUCGUACUGUGGGCAGCUGAGAUAGUAUUAGCCUUUGAACAUUUACACAAUUUGGGAAUUAUCUGGAUGGAUUUUCAUCCAAAUAAUAUUCUGCUUGGAGAUGGAGGUCACAUUUUACUCACAUACCAGAGCCAGUGGAAUUCUGUAGAUGUUGCAAUAAAUGAAAAAGCAAAAGAAAAUUUAUUUUGUGCACCUGAAAUUGGAAAUAUCUUUCCAGUAACCAGUGACUGUGAUUGGUGGAGUCUGGGAGCAGUUCUUUUUGAAUUGUUAAUUGGACAGUCCUUAGUGUCCUGCCACCCCACUGGUAUAACAAGACACACAAUACUAAAUUUUCCGGUAGAUAUCAGUUUAGAUGCCAAAGAUUUUAUUACAAAGCUUUUACAGUAUAAUCCUAGUGAGAGACUUGGGUCUGGAGUUUAUGGAAUAGAAGAGUUAAAAUCACAUCCCUUUUUUCAUUCUAUUGACUGGAAAUCAUUAUGGCCAAGAUGAUUAUUAUUAAGAUAUCGUACAGAUGUUUUUGUCAUUGUUUUCAUUCCAAAUAUAGUUUACUUUAUAUUUUUUAAAAGUUUGUUAUAAAUUUUUCUAUAAAAUCUGUGUAUGACUUUGGGUGUCAUAUUUAUGACAUUGACAAAUAAAAUAGUUUUAUUCUUGAGUAAAA